GGAAAGGUUGCUGCGCGCGGACUCGGGCUCGCCGGAGACGCGAGGGGCGGGAGAGGGAACAUGGCGGCCCGGGUCUGAGGCAGCGCCUCACCGGGCUUUCCUCCCAGGCCUUUGUCGGCAGCUUUCCUCACGUGCUCUCCUCGGCAGCUUUCCUCACUACUUACCGUUUCCGAUACUUUCUCUUCUUUGCCGUCCCUCAGUUCCCCCUGCGCUCACCGUCCCCUCCCCGCGCCCUCAGCCCCACUCUGAGGUAGGUAGGCUGAGAAGGACGCCCAUGAGACCCCACAGGUGACCAGGGGCCAAUUCCUGCCUUUGACUCUUAACUAUACCACGCCCGCACGGGGCGACAGAACAAGCACCCGGUGUGGAGAAAUCACACUUAAGCUGCAGUCGUGUGCCUGAUGAACCCUCCGAGGGUUCCUGGGAAUUGCCAGCCCCUGAGCCUCAGAAAUGCAAAGCUCUCUUUGAAAGAUCCAGGGAGCCUUUUCUGUGUAUUGUGUGACAGGAUCUGCCCCCAUGACAGUCUGCGACUGGAGGGAAUGGAUGCUGCCUGCCAUAGUGUCAACCGUGCGAGAACACCCUCUGCUUUGGGUUCUCAGAACUCAACUGAUGUCCUUGCGUCUGUCGAAGGAAAGUGACUCCUUCUGUGUCAUCUUCGCCACAGAGAAUCGUGGUGGCAGUGUUCUGUCGCUUGUUAGUCAGUUGAGAGAAGAUGUUAAACCAAGGGUCUUUCGCGCCCCAGUCCAGAAUCUAGGUUUGAUCUUGACCUUUUUGUUUUUCUUCAGUUGAAUGUAGAUUCUAGGAAGGAUCCCAUGCUCACUACCUUGGAGCCUUCACUGCCAGGCUGGACUCUGGUGGGCUAGAGUGAAGGAGAGCGCUAGGAAGAUGAGCUCUAGCGUAACCGUGAGUGAACCAAGGCUGAACUGGGAUGUUACACCCAAAAAUGGCCUUAAAGUAUUUUUCUCUCCAGAAAAUUAUAAAGAUCAUUCCCUGGCUCCAAGUUUAAAAGAACUCUAUAUUUUGUCUAACAGACGUAUAGGAGAAAAUUUGAAUGUCUCAGCAAGUUCUGUAGAAAAUGAGCCUGCAGUUAGUUCAGCAACUCAAGCAAAGGAAAAAGUUGGGAUGAUUCUCCUUCCGAAACCAAGAGUUCCUUAUCCUCGUUUCUCUCGGUUCUCACAGAGAGAGCAGAGGGCUUAUGUGGAUUUGUUGGCUAAAUAUGCAAAGAUCCCCUCAAGUUCCAAAGCUGUUGGGACAAAUACAAAUGAAUUCCUACAGUAUUUGGAUAUGAAAAAACAUGUGAAUGAAGAAGUUAAUGAGUUCCUAAAGUUUCUGCAGAAUUCUGCAAAGAAAUGUGCACAGGAUUAUAAUAUGCUGUCUGAGGAGGCCCGUCUCUUCACAGAGCAACUUCUAAGAGCUUGCAUUGAACAAGUGAAAAAGUACCCAGAAUUUUAUACUCUCCAUGAAGUCACCAGCCUAAUGGGAUUCUUUCCUUUCAAAACAGAGAUGGGGCUGAAGUUAGAAAAGACUCUUCUUGUUUUGGGCAGUGCAAAGUUUGUAAAAACAUCAUUUCCCUCGAUGCCUGUGAAGUUACAGCUUUCAAAAGAUGGCAUAUCUUCCAUUGAGACCCCACAGCAGCAAGCUGAAGCUAUGCACUACGAUAUUAGUAAAGACCCGAAUGCAGAGAAGCUUGUUUCAAGAUACCAUCCGCAGAUAGCUCUGACUAGCCAGGCAUUAUUCACCUUGCUCAAUAACCAUGGACCGAGCUACAAGGAACAGUGGGAAAUCCCAGUGUGUGUUCAGAUGAUAACUGUGGAAGGUUCCAAACCAGUUAAAGUAAUUUAUAUUAAUUCACCACUUCCCCGAAAGCAAAUGACAAUGAGAGAAAGAAAUCAACUCUUCCAUGAAGUUCCAUUAAAACAUGUACUAUCAAAAAACACAUCUGUCCCAGUCUCUGCAGUCUUUAUGGACAAACCAGAAGAGUGCACCUCUGAGAUGGAUAUACCCACUGAAGCUAAUGAGUGCCGAAAAAUUGAGACACUGGAAAAUAUGGAUCUAGAUUUUGAUGAUGAUGUCACAGAACUUGAAACCUUUGGAGUAACUACCACUAAUUCAUCCAGGUCACCAAGUUCAGAAAGUGACUCCUCUGUACCCAUCUUGACAGAUGUCUACACAGCCCCCAAAGUAGCAGCUGCUCCUGUGGUACCAGCUACACCUGAGGUACCAGCUUCACCAAACAUUACUGAGGAUUCUAGAAGUUUAUGUCAGAUGCUGAUGAAACAAUUACAGAAGGAGAAACAGCUGUUCUCUGGUGUGGAAAGUGGUCCUGAAGGGUGCAAAAAUAAAGAUGAUCAGGGACUGGAAUCAUGUCCUGAAGAGGUUCCCAGUGCCAGUGCGAAAUCUUUAGUACAAGACAAUGAAUUUCACAAAACAUCUGAUGGAAUCUCUAAGGAAAGUGAUGUAGGUAUGCUUUAUACCAAUGAUAAAAGACCGAGUGUUCAGGGGAACCCUGACAAUGCCAACAGAACAGCUACUGCAUCAGAAACAGCUGAAACUGAGACAGGGAUUUCUUGUGGUAGUGAUACAGAUGAAGACUGUUUAAUCAUUGAUACAGAGAGUAAAAGUAAUAGUGACGGAAAGACAGCUGAUGUGGGUUCUAGACCAGCAAGUCCAAAUUCUUCAGCACAGGCUUCUGUGGGAAAACAGACUACUACUGUGGUUUCUGAAGAGUCUUGUGUUUUAAAGAAACCUAUCAAAAGAGUGUAUAAAAAAUUUGAUCCAGUUGGAGAAAUUCUAAAAAUGCAGGAUGAGCUUUUAAAGCCAGUUUCUAAGAAAAUGCCUGAGUUGCCCUUGAUUAAUUCAGAAGAAUCUAAACAACCAUCUGCUUCUGAGCAACCCUCUGCUACUUCAGAUGCCUCCAGCUGGCCAAAAUCCAGUUGGCCUUCUGCGUUUCAGAAGCCUAAAGGACGAUUGCCAUAUGAACUUCAAGACUAUGUUGAAGAUACAUCAGAAUAUAUAGCUCCUCAAGAAGGAAAUUUUGUGUAUAAGUUGUUCAGCAUGCAAGACCUGUUGUUACUUGUGCGGUGCAGUGUCCAGAGGAUAGAGACAAGACCACGUUCCAAAAAACGGAAGAAGAUCAGAAGACAAUUUCCAGUUUACGUGCUACCAAAAGUAGAGUAUCAAGGUUGUUAUGGAGUUGAAGCUCUGACUGAAAGCGAGCUCUGUCGCUUCUGGACUGAAAGUUUAUUGCAUUCCAACUGCUCGUUUUAUGUUGGGCAUAUUGAUGCAUUUACUUCAAAGCUUUUCAUGCUAGAAGAAAUCACCUCAGAAGAAUUAAAAGAAAAGCUUGCAGCUCUCAAGAUUUCAAGUUUAUUUAACAUUCUCCAGCACGUUCUAAAGAAAUUAUGUAGCUUGCAGGAUGGGUCCUACUUGCUGUCUCACGCAGCAGAAGAUUCUUCACUCCUGAUCUACAAGACCUCAGAUGGAAAAGUUACUAGGACAGCGUAUAAUUUGCAUAAAGCGCAUUGUGACCUUCCUGGCAUACCUUCCAGUCUCUCGGUUCCUUGGGUUCCAUUAGAUCCCAGUUACCUGUUACCAUAUCACAUCCAUCAUGGACGAAUUCCGUGUACUUUUCCGCCUAAAUCACUGCGCCCUGUAGCACAACCAAAGGUUGGUGGGACAAGAAUUCCUACCCAUAGCCACAGGAAUCCAGUUUCCAUGGAAACCAAAAAUAGUUCCCUGCCAGUUCAGCAAGUUGAAAAUGAAGGAGUGGCUCAGAAUAAAAGGAAAAUAACAUAAGGUCUGGACCAUGGAAAAUGAAGUUUCAGAAAAACCAGUUGUAACUGUUUUUAAUGUUGAACUAUGAGAGAAAAUGUGCCCCCCCCAAAAAAAAAAAUCAGCAAGAAGAGUGUUUCCGUUGCUAUCCUGGAGUUCGUACAAA